AUGCAAGAGCAGCAACCAACUUCACCACAUUCCAUUGAUGCAAAUCAAGAACAUGUGGAGAGUCCAAGAGGAGAAGAUGAUUGGGCACUUGUAACCUUUGUUGGAGAAAAAAUCCAAGACCCAAGGUACAAGAAGGCAAUGGAGAAGGAAGCUAGGCUUGAGCAAGCUUUUCAAGCUAGAGUGCAGCGAGUACUCAUUACUCACCAAGGAGUUCCUCUCCACAGUCGCUCUAGAAUCACUCAUCCAACAAUUCGCUAUGUGCAUCGCUUCAUCUCAAGCACCUUUCAAUGCAAGCAAGAAGGCAACAAAGUCACAACUGAUGAGUUCUACAUCCUCACCACGCUAUUCAUCAAGCAUGAUCACAAGGCCAACCUUGGUCUUUUGUUUGCAAAGACACUCAUCAAUGUGAGGCAUCUAGCUAAAGACUUGGAAAACAACAAGAAGCUUUGUGUGCGAUUUGGGAGACUCAUCACAGCCAUAGUGCAACAUGUGGGAAUCACCAUUCCCAACUAUGAGCCACUACCCAACCCAAUUCCAUUGGAUCUCCAUGACCUUCAGCAAAUCCACUUCCUAAACCGUUGGACUCAAAAUCCAACCAAAUUUUGCUAUGAGUUCCCAAUUGGACCAACCAACACUUUGAUUGUCUUGCUGCCACAUGAGGACAUCCCAAGCCUACGCUCUGGUGUUGUCACUUUCCAGCCCAAGGAGGAAGACUUCUACAUCCCAUCAAGAGAGAAACCAUCACUCCCCAUCCUCACAUAUCGCACACUUCAGCGCACAGUCAAAGCUCAACGCCGCCACCAAGAACGCCAUGUUCUCAGCACUGGAAUGGCAGCGAAUCAGGCCCUAGACCGUGUGAGCAAGCUGGAGAAGAUUGUGGAGUGCCAAUCACGUUUCAUUUCACGCUUAGUUCGUGUAGUCCGCCACAUUGCACCGGAGAGACUCUUUCGCCCUUCUCUCACUGCUAGAAAACCAUAUGAGCCUGACCUUGGUGAGUUCUCACUAGACUCAGAGCUUGGUUCAGAAGGCGAUGGCCCCAUAGAAGAGGAAGAGAGUUCUUCCCACCGCCACACAUAG